AUGGCCCUGAUGGCGACCUUGACCGGCUCGACAGCGUACCUAUGGUACUCUGCUGCCGUAGCAUUUGCUCUGUAUUAUGCGGUCAUCAUCUUCUACCGACUGUAUCUUCAUCCCCUGGCACGAUUCCCCGGGUCGAAGCUCGCGGCCGCCUCAAAAUGGUAUGAGGCGUGGUUUGAUCUGCGGCCUCAUCGCCCAGGAACGUUCUUUGAGGAGUUGCAUCGCAUGCAUGAGGUUUACGGUACGGCCACCCCAUCCGAGAUCUCCAGUGACUGCCGACAGCAUAUCGCGUGGCAGAGCCUGGGCUGAGAUCUGAGCCGGUGCCUGAAUCUGACCAGGUCAUAGGCCCCGUCGUCCGUGUCAACCCUGAUGAGCUGCAUAUCAACGACUCGACAUUUGUCGAGAAGAUCUACGUCAAUCCGGCUAGUGUAUGUCGACCAAAAUCGGAGAGACUGUUUGGAAUCAAGUGGAAAGUCUAACAAUCUGAUUGUAGGGAGUCCGCAACAAGUAUCCCCCCUCUGCGUUGAUGAUUGGCGCACCCGAGUCAGGUAAGCAACUUAGAGGAGCAUCAUGACCUCGACCGAAAUGCCCAGCCUGACAACUGUGUCCUAGGUGCCGGAACCAUACAUCAUGAUAUCCACCGGAAAAGACGUCUUGCCAUGGGCGCCAAGUUUUCCAAGCAGGAGGCAGCCACAGCGACGGAACUCAUCUACGACAACGUGGAGCUCGUACUCAAGAAUGUAGAUCGCCACAUCAAAGAGCGUGGAGUGGCGGAAAUGCGAAUCAACUGGAUGGCAUUCAGCUUCGACACGCUUUCCGGCUACCUCUUUGGCAAGCCCAUGUGUAUGCUCGAGGACGAGGAGAUGACUAAAGGUUGGUUCAGGACAGUCAAGGCUGUGGCUGUCACUACACCGUUUGCCAAGCAGUUCCCGUGGUUCAUCCCAAACGCGACCAAACUACCCCUGUGGGUGAUUAGGGCCAUCUCGCCAGACAUUGCCAGGAUUGCCAAGCUGAGAUGGGUGAGAGGCUCUGUGAUUGAGUAAUCGAGUGUGCGCAUACUUGCUAACAGACAUUUCCAACAGGAUCUGGACGCCCAAGCGGCGGAGACUGCCAAACAGUACGCAACCGAAGAUCCAGAGAAGCCCAGCUCGUUUCGUGAACUUUUCCGCACAAUCCUCUCGUCUCCAGUGAUCAAUGACGAGGAGAAGAAGCCCGAGCGCAUUGCCCAGGAGGCCUUUGCCGUCAUGGUUGCCGGCAACGACGCCAUCAUGUGGACCUUUGCCACUGGAACGUACUACAUCCUCGCGAACAAGGAGAAGAUCAUGCCGCGCCUCCGUGAAGAGCUAUUGAAGGUGAUGCCGGAUCCGCAUGACCGGCCCUCGGUCACAGAGCUGGAGCAACUGCCAUGGUUUGUAAGUAGAAACCCCGGUCGAGUCGCUCUGGCAAGCAUUUUUUUACUAAAAGCUAUUUUAGGGGGCCAUCAUCAAGGAACUACUCCGCAUCUCGGCUCCCCUGCUUUCGAGGCUGCCCGUUAUUGCUCCAGACGAGGCCCUUCAAUGUGGCGACUGGACAAUUCCACCAGGGGUGAGUGGCCAGAUAUCGGCUUGUUGUGAUGGCGAGCACCAACUGACCGAACCUCCAGACGCCAAUGAGCAUGACGUACCGAAACGUUACCAUGGAUCCCAAGAUUUUCAAGGAUCCGGAAGCCUUCCUGCCUGAAAGGUGGCUCUCGGAUAAUCCGGAGCUGGCGGAGAUCAGCCGAUACCACCUGCCCUUUGGGCGAGGAAGCCGCAUGUGUGUGGGCAUGAAGUGA